UUACUCCCAUUCCCACAGUCACACACAGCUGUAGUGCCACCACACACCAGACGUAUUCUCGCUACAGCUGAAACAAUGACGAGCUUUUUCACCGUUUCCGUGAAGAAUGAUUUUGAUCCUCCUGAAGGCAAUAAUUGAGUUUGGACGUACUGCGCUUGGUGACAUCCUUUUUGUCCGUGGAUGGGCACUUUUUACAAUCGGGCGACGCUGGCGUAUGUUCGAAUCUUCUAAGGAUACGAUCGGUUGUCUUUUUUGGAACGGAUGCCUGCCGCAUGGCCCGAGUGGCCUGCGGCCGUCAUCUCUGCAGUGCUGUGGAGUGUGCAGGCCUGGCACCGCCAGCUCUUAUCCUGCCUCACUGGCUUCAGCUGAGCCACUGUGUCAGAGCAGUCUGCUGUGUGAGAACCUCGGCUCUGGAUCACCGGGGAAGCUGUCUUAAGCAACGCUUAAUCUGGAUGUUAUGGCAGCUGGUCUGAAUCCUCGGACCUUUCCCUAUCCAAGAUAAGCUGGAUUUCCAUGAUGAUGAAGCUGAGCAGCACCACAGCACAAUGGUGGGAGAGGGGGGCAGCACGGGGGACAGCACCCCUCCCCCAAAGCGUAAGGGCAAGUUCUCGACCCUUGGCAAGAUCUUCAAGCCGUGGAAGUGGCGGAAGAAGAAAAGCAGCGACAGGUUCAAGGAGACUUCAGAAGAGCUGGAGAGGAAGAUGUCGACGCGGCGCACGCGACAGGAGCUCAUAGAGCAGGGAGUGCUGAAGGAGGUCCCGGACAACGAUGCAGAUGCACAGAACCUGAAGCCUCCCUACGUGAAGAAUGGUCACACUCUGCCGGUGAGCUCCGGGGUCGGAGGUGGCGGUGCAGGGGUCGUCAACAGUGGCAGGAGCCCGUGCAACCAGGGCCAGCUCCCCUCUGAGUCCGACUUCAGGAUGAGCCAGGCCUGGCUCACCCAGCCAGACGACCGCAGGGGCCGGCCUCCCCUGGACGGAGACCGCCGGGGGGGCCCGUGCGCCAGGGGCACGGGACUGCAUGAAGAUGUGCGGAGAGGUGGCGGGAUGGUGGUGCGUGGGCACGGUGAGGUGGAGUGGAAGCCAAAUGUGGUCUGGCAGGGACAGAUUCACGGCCAGAUGGAGGAGGGCAGACGCGGCGGCCGUCUUCACCCCGAGGACGGGCAGAAGAGGCCUGGGCUGCAGAAGGCCCCGUCGGAGGACGGCAGAAGGAGCAGGCCCAUGGAAGCUGACUGGAAGCCCACGCUCCCUCGACAUGCAUCUGCCGAAGAGGGAAGGACCCACAGAGAGUCAGACAGCCACUUUGUCACCGAUCCGGAAGCCCUGCGGAACACCCUGCGUGAACCUCUGCCACCGAAGCAGCCUGUCAUGACACCAAAGUGGCUGAUGAGCUCCACCCCUGAGCCCGACAGCGAGGGUUCACCUCGCACUCUGUGCAACCACCCCGCAGCCCCGUACUCCUCUCCCUCCGCCCCCUCGGCCGCAGCGUCCAAAGCUGUUCGGUGCGUCUCCUCCGCCGGUGUGUCCACUCAGCAGUCUUCACCUGCAGCUCCGACCUCCUCCUCCUCCUCUCAGGCCGCCAAGCAGCCCCCCCUGCCUCCACCCAAACCGGUGAACAGGAACAACGCCAACAUGCUGGUCUCCGCCCUGCAGGGGGGAGAGAACGCUCAGCUUCCCCUCUACUGGUCCUGCUGGAAGCGAGAGUGCGACUAUGAUGUCUACCUGUCCCUGCCCGUCUACCUGUGCCGACGGGCCGGAGGCCUGCGCUCAGGUGAUUUCACCCAAGCCACCGGGGGUGCCAGUCUUGUGCCUGCCAAGCCGUCUCCACCGAUGCCCCCUAAGAGGACCACCCCCGUCACCAAGCGCACCCCAGAGGACUCCUCCGCUUUGAGCCAUCCCAUCAACCCCUCCCCUCUCUCUCUGGAGGACCACAACAGCCUCUCUGUGGGCUUUCAGCUGCCUCCCCCUCCCCCCUCCCCUCCACUCCCAACCCACGUGCCACCGUCUCCACCCCGCCAACACAUACACACCCACCACCUCCACCAUCAGCAUUCCUACCCCCACCCACUCCCCCAGCCCAUACCCAUGCUGUUUGACCCACCGAGCCCGGUCAGUGAGUCUCCCCAGCGCCCGGCUCCUGUCCCACUGCACAUCAUGAUCCAGCGGGCCUUAUCCAGUCCCGGCCCGGCUCAGCCGCAUCCCGACGGGUCACAGCGUGCACACGCUCUGCUUUUCGAAACCCCACCAGAGUACCAAAGCGAUCGCGGUCGGCCCUUGCCCGUGAGCAUCCAACCACUGAAACUAUCCGAAGAUGAUUACUCAGAUGAGGAAGAGUUAGAGGAGGAAGAUGAUGAAGAAGAUGAAGAGUAUGAUGGGGAGAUCCCCCAGCCGGAGCUGGAGCCACGGAGUCGGCGGUGCUUUGUCGGUGAUGCCGGUGUUUGUGUCAUCCCAAGAGGAAACAGCAGUGAGGAGGAGGAAGAAGAGGACGAAGAAGAAGAGCAUGACAUGCACAGGGACGACAGCGACUCAGAUGGUCCUGUGCUUCAUAGAGAUGAAGACUCCGAUGAGGACGAGGAGGACGAGCCUCCACCUAGCGCCCUGGCCAGCCGGGUCAAGAGGAAGGACACCCUGGCUCUGAAGCUGAGCAGCCGUCCCUCUGCUCCAAACAGGGACAGGUUUACACAGGAGAGGGGCUACAGAGACAACCAGCCCCCGGGACAGACCGGACUCACCUGGCAGAGCAGGGAGCAGUGGGAGGCCAUCCGCGCACAGAUCGGCACUGCACUCACAAGACGACUGAGCCAGAGACCCACAGCUGAGGAGCUCGAGCAAAGAAACAUCCUUCAGCCCAAAAACCAGGCUGACAGACAAGCUGAGGUUAGAGAGAUCAAGCGGCGACUGACCAGGAAGCUGAGUCAAAGACCCACGGUUGCAGAACUACAGGCUAGAAAAAUCCUACGCUUCCACGAGUACGUGGAAGUCACAGAUGCCCAAGACUACGAUCGGAGAGCAGAAAAGCCGUGGACGAAGCUGACUCCUGCCGACAAGGCGGCGAUCAGGAAGGAGCUCAACGAUUAUAAGAGCAGUGAAAUGGAGGUUCAUGAAGAGAGCAGAAUCUACACGAGGUUUCAUCGGCCUUAACGUCCCCCUCUCUUUCAUGGAUGACGAAGCACUUAAGAUCUCCGUGGCAUUAGGCUGCUCCCUAUAUGGAGACGGAUGGCCCUUUAUGUUGUCCGAAUGUACUGUACAGAUUAUCAGGGGAAAACCUGGAACUGUCUCAAAACAAGAAUGCUUCUCGCUUGCCCUCCAUCGCCCUCUCGCUACAUUGCUUUCACUGAUCUGAGGUGGUGGUCGGUGAGGACCAGAUGCAGUAUUUCUCCCCAGACGACCGGGGGGGACCACGUGCCAAUGACGUGGAGGAGUUGCAGCGGACCUACAGGGCUUACUCUCACUCUGCUGUCGUGUGGUACCCCUCAGGGACUUGGAUCUAGUUACAACCUUUAAAUGCGGCCUCAUUCUCUGUUGCCUUUUUUUCUUCUUUACUGUUUAUGGAAACGCUAAUUCAUCGAGUUAAUGUGAUAACAUACAAUAAUAACAGUAAUAAUCAUGAUGAUGAUUUAUAAAUCUCUACAAAGUAACAAUAGAUACUAGAGAUAAAAAUGGCUGCUGCGUGAGCAGGCUGGAGGAUGAAGACUGGGAUAUUCUGUUGUUGGACUGGACAACUCUGGGAUAUUGUAUGUGUUUUACAUUAAUUGUGUACAGACUGCUAUUGUAAUACCUUAUUAUAAAACUUGGAGAGAUCUAAUUACAAAAAUAAUCUGUAAUGCACAAGAUAUUUUAUAUUGUAAUUAUGAUCACGAGUAGUGACCGCUUUUAUUUUAGCCUUUUUUAUUUGGCUUGCCUGUAUUUAUGGUUGUGAUGUAAGGUGGCCAUUUAAGCGUCAAUCUAGAAUCUAGAAAAGGUUGCGGUUCAGGAGCCUGUAUUCUGUGUGCCAAUAUACCCGAUGCCCAAAGGACUAUAGGAUUCUGGUUUUCAUGUCACUGAUUUUCUGCAAUCCACUGCAUGAGCCAACACAGAAUCCAGUGCCACUGGAUCUGGAUAAUCUCUCUUCAUUUAUACUUUUUUAUGAGUUUUUGUACUUCCCUUUAAAGAUCAAACAUGCAAUGCAUUCUGUAGCCAUUCUGAUUAAGGUCAUGCUAGUAGUUUCUAUACUAAAAGUUAAAUGUAAGUUGCUGUGAGUGUAGAUCAGGGAUUUAUCAAAAAAUCAGAAAACGUAUAAACGGUCAACAGGGAGUCAUUUUGGCUGAAACCUUCUUAAAAUGCAGAAGCAUUUUAUCUUGUAUUGUCGUCUGGCCAGUAGCUUACAGGGUUCUCUAUGCUGUGUACAGGUUGAUAUACCGUAGGUUUAACUGAUGCUUGUGUAUAUCUUGUCUUCCUUUAAUUUGAAAAGAAAUUUAAAUAUAAAGGUAUUUUAGGUUGCUAUUUUUUUAAGCACAGAAUAUUAGUUUAUGAUUAAAUACAAGAAUGGGAAUAUGAAAGUGUACCUUUUCUGUAAAACUAAGGUCAUUUUUAAUUGAAUGUGGAAUUGUAUGGACUGACAGUUUUCUUUUUAACUGUAAAUAGUCACCUCUGGAUCUAAUUAAAAAUCUUACAAUUG